GUCAAGGUCACAAAUUUGCCGAUUUCUGUUGUGAGAGUUUUUGACGGCGAUUAUGUUCGAAUUCCUUCUUAUUCCAAACAAAUAUAGCAUUUCAGUGUCAAUUGAAACCAAGAUGACAGUCGUCUAAUAUAGGUCCGACCUUGACUUCGUAGUUGUUCGUCGUACGAGACACUCUUGCUCCUCCAUGGAACAACACAAGAUGAAGAAGCAGAGCAUUCGUAUUAAGAUUAUCAGCAUGGGGAAUGCUGAGGUGGGGAAGAGCUGUAUAAUCAAAAGAUACUGUGAAAAAAGAUUUGUACAUAAAUAUCUUGCCACGAUUGGGAUUGAUUAUGGAGUAACAAAGGUGACAGUCAAAGAUAAAGAAAUCAAGGUGAACAUAUUUGAUAUGGCGGGACAUCAUAUAUUUUAUGAGGUGCGGAAUGAGUUUUACAAGGACACACAGGGUGCGCUACUGGUGUUUGACGUGUCGGACCGGGCGAGUUUUGAAGCAUUAGAGCACUGGUUAGGCGAGAUGAGGAACGAGAUUGGAAACCUGAGUGAGAUGGAAAGCAUUUUCUUCGUCGUCUGUGGAAAUAAGACAGACAAAAAGCGGGAAGUUGACGAAGCAGAGGGCAGAAUCUGGGCCGACAGCAAAGGCUUCCAUUAUUUUGAGUCAUCGGCACAAACUGGGGAUGGAGUGAAUGAAAUGUUUCAGGAAUUAUUUGAGGGUGUUGUAUCCCUUGUCGAAACAGGAGGAAAGCGUCAGCCAAUCACAACGCAGUUAGGAUACACAAAAGAACAAGUUGACGCCAUUCAGCGACUAAAAAAUUCUAAAAAUGAUUAUGAAAGACUUGGUCUUCCUUAUGCGGCUUCAAAGGAGGACGUCAACAAAGCGUACAGAAAGCUUGCGGUUAUUUUACAUCCGGAUAAAAACGUCGCGCCAGGGAGUGAGGAGGCUUUCAAACUACUCGUGUCAGCCCGAACUGCACUACUGAAGAACUGCAGGUGAUGCACAAUGAUACUCAAAUGUGAUAAAAACAGUUGAACUAUAAUUAAGGACACAUUGGGCUCAAAAGUGCUGGCCUUAAUGGAGAGAUUUCCCGAUUACUGACGAUGCUGGCUUUUGUGCACAAUAGAGGAUUUUACACCAUCUCACUGAGAUUCUAAUGCGUGAUAGAUUUCUGUGCACAUAAACACGACAUUUGAAUUCUGUUUCAGAACUUUGAGGAAUCUCACUUCCAUCUGAAUUUAUAUUCAGGCAUGUCAUGAGAGUUUGGCUAAUAUUUAUAAAAGACUAGUGAAUGCUUUUACUUUAAAUUCAUGUACAUUUACACCAGCCAUGUCUGUAGAAAACUGUAGUAAAAGCAUUUACUAGUCUUUAUAGAUAUUAGCCAUUGACCUCAGGAUUCUUACAACAGAUUUUUUAACUGGCGCCACUUGACCUUAGGAAAAAGCAGACGUCAGAUUUGGCUGUCAUCCAUUACUCUGGAUUCGACAGGAUAAGAGAAGUCAGGACAUGGAGUGACAUUCAAAAUGGUCACUCAAUGACGUCACUAAAUGGCCUCUAUAUUGCACAGAUUUGACGAAUCCUAUACCAACUACCUUCUUGAAAUUAACAAAUGAGUAUUACUGAUGUCUGAUGGUUUCAAAAUUUUCUACAUUUAUUGAGUACAAUGCUGUACAAUUAUUCCGUCCUUGUUGGGGAUUCAGAUUGGCUUGUUUUGAUUUCUGAAGUUCUUGUGGUAACUCAUUUACCCCUUUAGAUCUUAACCUCUUCAAUCCUAAAACUUGAAAAUCCCGGGAUCCAAGGAUGGUCACGUGGUCGCGAAAUUGGGUCCGACUUUCACGAUGUAUAGCGCCCGCAUACAACCGCCAAAGUCCGGUACCGAGGCACCAUCUACCCAGGCAUGCUCUAACUGACCCUACUGUACAUCAAACACGCUAAAACAAGCAAUGAACUAGCGUCCCAGCUCAAUGGAAUAAAAAUAUCACAGAGACUGACCUGUCGGUCGUUGGGAAAAAACGUUAUUUCAAAAUGACCGACUGGUCGGUCACCGGGAUUUAAGAGGUUAACCGGCGGAUAUCCGGCCACUGAUUUUUGUCCAUGUACCCCAAACCGCCCACCAGUAUAUAUGUAUAUAGCUAUUCUCAAGUGACACCAUCGCCAUCUUUACUUAAGCAAUGAAACUUAAGGCCAGUUUUUGGUUGGUUAGGGAUCGCUUGCUGAAAUAUUAUUGACAUUUAGUGGCUGGCUUGACCAGGGGUGCUUUUGGAGGUCAAAAUAAGUCGAGCAGAGAAUCCCUUGAUAUUUCAGACAGUGAAUUGUUUAGUUUAUUCUAGAUUUAUUUUGAUAAUAAAAGCGAC